ACAUUAUUUUGUUUAUGUUUUGACCGCAUUGCUUCACGUUUCAUAAGUAAAAAUUACAUUAAACAUGUCGCAAGCAGACUUAAAUAAAAGCAUUGAGAUCAUCAAGAAGACAGAAGAGUUGGCCGAUAAGAUAUUGGUCAACAAACAAGAGCUAACUGUAAUGGACAAACGGAGGCAGGAAACUCGUGAAGCGUUGCGUCUGAUGGAAAAAAGCGCAGAACCAAAAGUAUGGAUAACAGUUGGUAGCAUGUUGGUUAAAAUGAAGCGCGAUCAAGCCAUACAGCUGCUCAAGAAGGAUCAGGAGCAAAUAAGUCAGCAAAUCAAUCUGAUUUAUUCAGAGCAAAAGAUUUUGGUGAACAAGCAUCGCGAUGUUGAGUUCAAAUCCCCCUUCUCAGGCACCAAUUUAAAAGCUUUGGAUCGUAAGGAGUUCGAUGCCCUAAAAGCUAAUUUACCUAUGCUUUAAUAUACACAUGUAUAUACUAAAUAUAUUGUUUAGUUUUAUAAGCAAUAAAAUUAAUGAGUUUCAUAUGUUUUUGACAGCACGCUUUUCAACACUGUCGCUAAGCUUUUUUGGCGUAAGAAAAAGCUCUCAACUUGGCAACUCUGGCGUGUGGCUCUCUCCGCACGCUCACCAUUUGUUGUUGCGCCUCGUAAUCGCGGUGUCGUCUGGUUUUCUGUUGUCUCUGCUCGUUUCUAAAUUCUCGUGCAAUUCAACUAGCUAAAUAAAACAUUUAACGCAACUUAGAAAAACCAAUUGCGUCGCAAAUUUGUUCUAGUGUGCGGGACAUGCGAACAGGAAUGCCAAAAAUUAUUAUUGGCCAUCUCAGUCGUAACGAGAAACGUGCGUUUGCGUCGUCGGAUUGCGUGUGAGUGAGUGUGUUGCUUCGACGAAAUUCCAGUGUGUGUGAGAUUGUGUGUGUGGUGAAUUUAAGCACCUCCCCACCCCACCGAAAUAUUCUCCUGCCCCUUGUAACCCCUCAGCGACAGCGGCAGCGUGCAAAAAGCAAAAAAUUUUAGUGCAAAUAAAUUGCUUUGCCUUAUCUCGGCGCGCGCGCUCGCUCGCUCGCCCGCUUGCUUGAUAUGGCCAAGUGUGCGUGUGGUUGUGCCUGUGUGAGUGUGUGUGUGUGUGAGCUGUGAGUGUGUUAAUUAAUUUACAAAGCCGCCUGCUUCGGGGAUCGAGUGUGCAGUCUUGCAAAUAACAUAUACAAAUUUUCGGAAUUUGUUGAUUUCUGUAACAAAAGCAACAACAAAUACAGAAUAGAAAAACAGCAACAAAAUGUUGCGCGUGCUAUAAACAAGUGCAGUUUCCCCUUUGUUCACCACGCGCGCGUUCCACUAAAAAGAAAAGAGCUACAACAACAACAACAACAACAAUAGCCCUGGCAAAGGAGGCGCUGGCGCUUCAUGUACUUGAAAACGAAAGUUCUUUCGCAUGCAAACGGUUGUGCGCAUAAAAAAAAAAUAACCAUACACACACAUACACUCAGAGAUAAAAGCACGCCAACACUAUAAACACAUUUAUACACUCACGCACACACAUCGAGUGCUUGUAAACCGAAGAGCGGGAGACGAGAGAACGCAGUAAAAGACAGAGAGGAGGCGCCGUGGCCACUUGGCCUUGAACUUGUACGGCGCGGGAGCGCAGCGCUGAAUUCUUAAUGCAGCAUAAUUUUCACAGACUGCAGCCAUAAUAUAAAGUUACACAACACGCCGACGUCGCCGAGUCAAUUGAUGGAAAUUUCAGGAAAUUCAGGAAAUAGUUGAUAAAAAUAAAGCACGCCUAAAAGUACACAAACUCCAGUGAAAGCUUGAUCGCAUUCAUUUUGCCAUAUACAUAUAUACAGCAACGGAUAAUAGAAAUAUCUAAAUAGAUAUAAAAUUAUAUAUAGCUGUAAUUAAACAAGAUUGGAUUAUAGUUUAUUUUCGACUCGGACUCUUUGAUGUUGUUCACACGGCGGCAUUUUGGCAGCAAAACUUUUUUGUACCUGUUCGCUAAAGGCAAACUUUAAUAAGAUACCUGAGAAUACACUUUACACUGCAACAAAUAAAUAUAUUUAUAUAUACAAUCACCGGAGCAAACAAUAAAUAAAAACA